CUUGCCUGCAGUCACCAUGUUGUCCCGAAGCAGCUUCCUCGUCUUGCAGUCACAAUGGGGCCAGGGCCAGGUCAGGAAUAUGGCAACAUUAAAGGACAUUACAAGACGCCUUAAGUCUAUCAAGAACAUCCAAAAGAUUACCAAGUCUAUGAAGAUGGUGGCAGCUGCAAAGUACUCCAGGGCUGAGAGGGAGCUAAAGCCUGCUCGAGUCUAUGGAACGGGAUCUCUGGCAUUGUAUGAGAAAGCUGAAAUCAAAGCUCCAGAAGACAAGAAGAAGCACCUCCUAAUUGGUGUAUCUUCUGAUCGAGGUCUCUGCGGUGCAAUUCACUCUAACGUGGCAAAGGCAAUUAAAAAUGAAAUCUCUUCCCUUUCUAAUGCCGGAAAGGAAGUAAUGGUUGUUGGAAUUGGGGACAAACUCAGAGGACUGCUUCACAGAACCCAUGGCGGACAUUUGCUCAUAACCUUCAAGGAAGUUGGCCGGAAGCCACCGUCAUUUGGUGAUGCCUCUAUUGUUGCUUCUGAGCUUCUCAACUGUGGCUAUGAGUUUGAUCAGGGGUCUGUGGUGUUCAACAGAUUCAGGUCUGUUAUUUCUUACAAGACCGAGGAAAAGCCUUUUUUCUCACUUGACACGGUUGCAAGUUCUGAAAGCAUCAGUGUUUAUGAUGACAUUGAUGCCGAUGUGCUGAGGAAUUACCAGGAAUUUACUUUGGCAAAUAUAAUCUAUUACACAUUGAAGGAGUCUACUACAAGUGAGCAGAGUGCAAGGAUGACUGCUAUGGACAAUGCCAGCAAGAAUGCAUCUGAGAUGAUUGACAAACUGACCCUGACAUUCAACCGCACACGUCAAGCAGUUAUCACAAAGGAACUUAUUGAGAUUAUCUCUGGUGCUGCUGCUCUGUAAUGAACCUCUUGUUGGCUUUCAAGACCUGAGGCUCAUUCUUCAAGACCUAGAAUGUGCUGGUUUAUUUUAAGAAGAUGAAAGAAAUUGUAAAUUAUAUUACAAUAAAUUGCUUACGUGGAAAAA